AAUCAACAGCCUGCGGGAAAUUCAUUCGAAGAAGAAGACAGAUGAACGUUUAACUUUACAUACUUUUAUUACAACUCAAAUCUUCGAUGUCCUUGUGGAUUAUUGCCUCUCGGCGAUAAAGGCAAAGCCAAUUAGCCGUACGCUUAUCUGACAACAUCUAAAGGCAACACAGAAAGCCCAUCUAGUUUCCUGCCCAGCCACAUUCCAUUGAACGGGAAGGGGAACUGAGGAAAAGAUAACAGUGGGGAAUGAUCUGGAGCAGUGAGAGGUUGUGGCGGCCUCAUCAGUAGCUGUCACCACGGCGGGGGACCUUCGGACCUCCGUCUGCAGGGUGGUCAUCUACCUUCAAAGGGACAUGUCAGGGGACAGCUGCCUGCCCCAGCAUCACACCCUUUCUGACUACACUUCUCCUCCCUCUCCUCUGGCCUGCCCCAAAACCAAGACCUGCACUUAUAGAGGUGCGGUGGGCCUGGGCAACAAGUAUGUCCGACUCAACGUCGGCGGGAACCUGUUUUACACUACGCUGCAAGUGCUGACCAGGCAGAACUCUGUGCUGAAAGCCAUGUUCAGUGGAAAGAAAGAAGUGUUCACUGACAAAGAAGGGUGGAUACUGAUUGACCGCAGUGGGAAGCACUUUGGCACCAUUCUGUGCUACCUGCGGGAUGGCACAGUCACUUUACCCAAAGGCCGUCAGGCUGUCCAGGAGCUGCUGGCUGAGGCAAAGUAUUACCUUGUCCAGGGCCUAGUGGAACUUUGCCAAAACACCCUGCAGGGCAAUAAAGAGCAGCCUCUGUGUGUUAUACCUGUGGUCACCUCCAGCAAGGAAGAGGAGAGGCUCAUCCAGUCUUCUGCUAAGCCUGUGGUGAAGCUGGUCUACAACAGAAGCAAUAACAAAUACUCCUACACAAGUAACUCAGAUGACAACCUUCUGAAGAACAUCGAGCUGUUUGACAGACUGUCUCUCAGCUUCAACGGCCGGGUCCUCUUCAUCAAAGACGUGAUUGGAGACGAGAUCUGUUGCUGGUCCUUUUACGGUCAGGGUCGCAAGCUGGCCGAGGUCUGCUGCACCUCCAUCGUCUAUGCCACAGAGAAGAAGCAGACCAAGGUGAGGUUGACUCAGGACGUACUCGGACUGUACUCGGAGUCGUAGAAGGGCACCAUAAAAGGAAAGAUCGUUAAACUGACACAAAGUAGCCUUUUAAAUUCUUUUUAACUGCUGAACAUUUGACUGCGUUUAAAAUCCAGACACCAACAACUGUGCUCUCAGUGCAGUGCCAAGUCCCAAACAUACACACACGCACACAAAAGCAAGAAUGAAAUGGCUGCAAUCACUGUGUACAUCAUGUAAAAUAAAAAUAAGAGAUGAUUUCAAAGUCAGGUUGGAAGUAGGGGAGUAAUCUGAUUCCUGACCUGCUGCUUGUUCUCACAAAUGUGCAGUUUUUUGUACCGCCAGUUACUUCACUUGGUCUGCAGGCAUGAGUGAGAACCUGUGACCUGU